AUGGGGGAAGGAGAGAGUGGAGACGAUGUCGGAGGCACCGUCUCCAUCCCUGCCACCGCUGCUGCCUCAAGUCCCACAACAAUGCGACUCUCCUCCUCUUCUCCUCUCACCGAGAAAAUGUCCUGGGCCAUCAGCGAUCGCAGUUUGCAGAAGCCGCCAGCGAUGUAUACGUUCCUCUGUGACCAGGACAUUCCACGUCGUUCCUACGCAUGCCACACUCUGUUGCACUCGGAGGCGGUGGUUCAGGUUGACUACUGGCUGGAGCAGCGUUGUCCCCUCGCUUACCUUGGCUGCCCUUUCUCGGUGGUGCGUCUACGACCCAACUCAGCGGCUGCCAACCUCGCCUAUAUGCCCACUAUCAACGCCUUUACUGUGCGUUACACCUCCGCUAACACCUCCGAUUCAAACACCGCUACCUCGGCACCAAGCGCAGUAACAUCAACCCACUCCUUUGAUACCACCUCUCCCAGCAGCGCUAUUGCCUCCGCAGCUCCGUCACCCAUCGCCUUUAGCACAAUCUGUCGUCUAGAUCGGCUGCCGCACCAAGUCCUUAAGCGAAUCAUUGACAUGCUCGAUGAGAUGAGUCUGGUGAGUCUGUCUCAAGUGUCGAAGCAGCUUGCGGACGUGUGUCGGCGCUCACUGCCCUCACGGGGUAUCGUGGCUCCGGUAUGGCAACGCGAAUUGCGGGCAGGUUGGCGAAUUAGCGGUUUUGCGUGGAGUUUGCCGACUUGUGGGGAGCCGGUACGUCGCUGGCGAAUCACCGACUCGCCCGCCCCUCUGGGAACGCAGAUGACACGCCACCUGCACUCCGAGUGCGCGUUCUACGAGGCACUGCGGGCGCAGCAACCCUUUUGUCUUUAUAAUCCCUCGGAGAAGCCGCCCUUCCUCUCGGGCGCCGAGAGAGAACCAGAAUUUAUCUAG